CUGCUGACCAUUUGAUCAUGCACAUCCUUGGAAAUAAAACCUUGAUAAGUUGAUAUUCCCUUUUUUCAUAACUUCAGUCAAAAUUUAGUCCGUAUUAUUAAACACUAAUUCUCGUACGAGAUGGUGAUUUCAAUAAAUUAUCUAACUUGACUUUGCAUGAAAUUAAAUCUUUAUGGACUGGAUUCAUGCAUUUUAAUCAGAGUUAAUCUUUCACUAAUUAAUCUUCAUGAACAACAAAGUAUGACCAAUUGACCACUCCCAUCUAUAAAUACCCCAACUUGUCUCACAAAAAAAAAACAAUAUUACUUUAAUUUCAACUUACUACAUAAUUUUGCACUACUUAAAAAAAAAUCUAAGUGCUUUAUAAUAUGGGUGGCAAAGGCGGUGGUGGCGGAGGAAAAGGUGGAGGUGGUGGUGGAGGAAAAGGUGGAGGCGGUGGUGGUGGCGGCGGAGGAAAAGGUGGUGGUGGUGGCGGGGGUGGGAGAAGUGGUGGGGGAGGAGGAAAAGGUGGCAGCGGUGGUGGCUCGAAAGGAGGAGGUGGUUCAGGAGGUGGCUAUAUGGUUGCACCCGGGAGUGGUGGAUCGUCUUACAUAUCUAGGGGUGCAUUUGAGAGUAACCCAGGAGGUUACUUUUCUGGAUUUCAGGCUGGUGAGAAAGGGAGCAAGGAUUGCAGAUACCAGUCACGUACACUUUCUGAUACCUCUGGUGAGACAAAUUGUACAUUGAGACUUUAUAAUACGGGUGGCAAAGGUGGUGGCUGCGGAGGAAAAGGUGGAGGCAGUGGUGGUGGUGGCGGAGGUGGGAGAAGUGGUGGGGGAGGAGGAAAAGGUGGCGGCGAUGGUGGCUCGAAAGGAGGAGGUGGUUAUAUGGUUGCACCCGGAAGUGGUGGAUUGUCUUACAUAUUUAGGGGUGCAUUUGAGAGUAACCCAGGGGGUUACUUUUCUGGAUUUCAUGCUAGUGGAAAGGGAGCAAGUAACUAGCAAGAAGCUUGUUAAAUCUGGUAGUUAUAUAUAUCUAAGUAUGUAUUGUAAUAUAUUUUUAGUACUUUUGCAUGGAAUAGUUUAUAGUUCCAUGUGUUUAUGAUGAUGCUCUUGUUAUCUUAUCAAUCAUCACUAACUAUAUACUAAAGGCGAAACCAAAGAUGACAUGUGUCAUCUUUUGGUUAAAAUUUUUUCCACAAAAAGCCUUUUUUUUUCAUUUUUUUUUUUGCUUUUUUGUCAAAAAAUCUUAUUAGAGAAUAUUUACUAUAUACGUAAUACAAAGUAUAAUAUUUUCAUUCCUUUCUUACAAAAAUAAAAUAUUUUUUCCUUCCAAAAUAAUCAUUAUGUUUCUUCCUUAUAUAUAAUACUCAAAUAUCAAUUAUUUCAUUAUUUGAUAUGUUAAGUAUCUUUAAUUAUUUUAUGUAUGUAUAAUUUUGG